UACAAUGGAUGGACACAGAGCGAUUGGCGCCUGGCUGUUGCUCUUCGUUAUGUGGACAGGACGUACCGAUGGAUUUUGUAAAGACGACAAUGACUGCUUUGAUCUUCAUUCUCCUCGAUGUUACAACGACUCAAUCCGGAGCUACUGCAAAAAUUAUGAUAGCUGUCAACAGGAUGCUGAUUGUGGAUUCCCGUUGAUUACUUGCACGCACGGAAAUUGUCAGCCAAAGAAAUGCUUAACGGAUGAAGAUUGUCAUGGCGACAAUUCUGCAUGUUUCUAUGGCGACUGCUAUUGUAAAUCGGGAUAUAGAAAAAUGGACGAAUCCUGUGUUUCUGUCAUUGGUUUGCAAUGUCGUCAAUACAAUGUUGAUUUGGACUGUAAUCCUACGCUGUUUGAACUUACAAUGAAGUUGCUGUUUGAAGUCCCGAUUAGUAAUGGGUCAAUGCAAUAUAACAGCACUGACUAUGUGUGUGACCAAAACUCCAUCACUUGCCAAUGUGAUACAGAUGUUCUUAAAGGAAUAAAUGGAGUUUGUAAUUCAUAUCUGGGCUCUGAAUGCAAAUCAUCAUUGGAAUGCGGUCGGAAAUCAAACAUGUCCUGCAUUGAGGGCGCAUGUGCGUGCAGUGCAGGCUUUGUACGGAGGGAAUCAAAAUGCAUAUGGGUUAUGGAUGCUGGAUGCAGUUCGAAUGAAGACUGCUUUUAUGAAGGAUUUGAAUGCACUACCACAGACAUAGGAUCGUAUUGUCGCUGCCCAACUGGACAUGCUGUGAAAUCUCCGAAUAAUGCAACAUGUGUGGAAGUUUACGGAUCCAGCUGUGCUGACAUACACAUGUGUGGAAAUACAGAGAGUUUCUUCUACCGUCGCUCAUAUUUUGAGAUCCAGUACAAGUAUAAUGACACUUACGCCAAUAAAGCUUUUCACUGUGAUCUUGACAACGUGUGUUCGUGUGCACCAGGGUUCAGAUGGAACCAACAAAUAAAAAACUGUGAACACAGUAAGUGUCGACAAAAAUAA